AUGCCUUCAGCGGUACAAAAGGGCCGUAAGCUAGCUCCCGAGAAAGAGCGGUUCAUCCAAUGUUGUGCCGAUAUCUCUUUGGAGCUUGUGGCAUCUCUCAAGACUUCUAAAGACGUCAACCUUAACGGUCUCAUCACAAGGUACGCAAAGAAGCACAAGUUGAAGCAUCAGCCACGUCUUACAGACAUCAUUUCAUCGAUCCCCGACCAGCAUAAGAAAUACCUCAUUCCUAAACUCAAGGCCAAGCCCGUCAGAACAGCAUCUGGUAUCGCUGUUGUAGCGGUUAUGUGUAAGCCACACAGAUGCCCUCAUAUCGCUUACACUGGUAACAUUUGUGUUUACUGUCCUGGAGGUCCUGAUUCGGAUUUCGAAUAUUCCACUCAGUCUUAUACUGGGUAUGAACCUACAUCCAUGAGAGCUAUCCGUGCUCGUUACGACCCUUACGAACAGGCCAGAGGUAGAAUCGAGCAGCUCAGACUGUUGGGUCAUUCCAUCGACAAGGUGGAAUAUAUCAUUAUGGGUGGUACUUUCAUGUCUUUGCCUCAGGACUACAGGGAAGGAUUUAUUACCCAGUUGCAUAAUGCCUUAUCAGGUUAUAAUGGUAAGAACUUGGACGAGGCCAUCAAGUUCUCUCAACAGUCACAGACAAAGUGUGUGGGUAUCACCAUCGAAACAAGGCCUGAUUACUGUACUGAAACGCAUCUUAGUGAUAUGUUGAAGUAUGGAUGUACCAGAUUGGAGGUGGGUGUUCAGUCAGUGUAUGAGGAUGUUGCCAGAGACACCAACAGAGGCCACACUGUGAAAGCUGUGUGCGAGACUUUUGCCGUUGCCAAGGACGCUGGUUACAAGGUUGUCAGUCAUAUGAUGCCUGAUUUGCCAAACGUCGGCAUGGAGCGUGAUCUUAACCAGUUUAUUGAGUAUUUCGAGAACCCUGCUUUCAGAACAGACGGUCUUAAGAUCUACCCAACAUUGGUCAUCAGAGGAACUGGUCUUUACGAACUUUGGAAGAAGGGUCUCUACAAGUCAUACAAUGCUAAUGCGCUUAUUGACUUGGUUGCAAGAAUCUUGGCCUUGGUUCCUCCUUGGACUCGUAUUUACCGUGUCCAGCGUGAUAUCCCUAUGCCAUUAGUCUCCUCUGGUGUUGAGAAUGGUAACUUGCGUGAGUUGGCAUUGGCCAGAAUGAAAGACUUUGGUACAUCAUGUCGUGACGUCCGUACCAGAGAAGUUGGUAUCCAAGAAGUGCAUCACAAGGUCCUGCCUGAUCAGGUGGAACUUAUAAGAAGAGACUACACCGCUAACGGUGGUUGGGAAACUUUCUUGUCUUAUGAAGAUCCUAAGCAGGAUAUUCUUAUUGGUUUGUUACGUUUGAGAAAAGCAACAGAGAAGUACACAUACAGAAAAGAGUUCACGCUGCAGCCAACUUCUAUUGUUCGUGAGUUGCACGUUUAUGGUUCAGUUGUGCCUUUGCAUUCCAGAGAUCCUAGAAAGUUCCAGCAUCAAGGUUUCGGUACCUUAUUGAUGGAAGAGGCCGAGCGUAUUGCUAGAGAAGAACAUGGAUCAGAAAAGAUCAGUGUCAUUUCUGGUGUUGGUGUCAGGAACUACUACGCCAAGUUGGGAUACGAAGUUGAUGGACCAUACAUGUCCAAGAUGCUUUAA